AUGAAUUUGUUCGUUCAACACACACAUGGGUUUACUGAUAGACUUCGCAAAGUGAAUGUACGUGUGAGUUUUUUGCUGGACAACCUCAGGCAUUCUCUCGUCUUCAUUGCAGGACUACAAGCUGCCUCGUUAGAAGAUCAUGCCUCGGGACUUGAUAGUGAGACUAUUGGACGCCUUCGCAACCCACCACAAUACACUGCGACGAUCGAUGAUCCCCAUGUCAGGGCUGCUCUCGAAAACUACAUGCAUCUCAAGCAUUCGGACUCUGAUUUUGACCACACACGGCUUUCGUAUAUCAAAGGAAAUAAUAUUGAUCCUGCGGAGUUCCUGACACUCUAUCAAACGAAGAAAAUUGCUGAAGAUAUCACAGGCGUCUACUCUGCCAUGCAUGACAUGCGUCCCAACUCUUGUAUCGGCUAUACAGUUCCGUUUUCGCACCUGGAACACUGUCCAGAGUGUGGUUGGUUUCGCUAUGAUCAAGCGCUGCUAGAAAAGACCUCUGGACGUACAAAAAACCUCGCAUGCAGUUUCCCACUCCCCCCCCCCUCCACCCUUGUGCCCUAA